GUUUUCUAUUUUCACUUACUAAAGAUUGUAAACAAACAUGGCUGACCCUGAUGAUGAGUUGUUAUUACCCCUAAUCGGGGUUAAUCAGAAUCCCGAUGAGCAUGGAGACAAUGAUGAUUCUGACAGAGAAAAUGGAAUGAAUUUGGCGGAUUCGGACUCAGAAAAUGCAGGCAAUGAAGAAGAGAAUGAAGAAAUGCAAGAGAAUGCAGAGCCAGGGGAGGUAAAUGGGCAAGUUCUCAAUGGAGCAGGUGACAGGGAGGAAGGUGAAGAAGACCAGCCUGGGGGAAGAUGGUCCAUCAAAGGAAUUUUUAGAAGUUUAUCAAAGAAGUCUGACAAGUCACAAGAAAAAGUCAAAAUUAACUUUGAUCAAUCUCUACCUUCUACACACUCAUAUCUUGGAGAUGACCUUGAAGAGGUGAGAGGGCGAACAAUAUUUGAAGAAAAUUCAGAAAUUAUUUUGCCCUUGCUGCUGUUGCCGAAUGUAGUUCUGGUUCCUGGGCAAGUUAUCCCACUCCAGGUUUACAGGGAACGUUUGGUCGCCAUGAUUCGCAGAGUUGCAGACAAUGACAAGACUUUUGGUGUUAUAACAAUCAGUCGAGGUCAUGAAUAUGGCAGCCAAGAGUUUUCAGAUGUAGGCUGUACAGCGGAAAUAUAUUCUAUGAAACAAGAAAUGCAUGAACCAUCAGGUUUAUCAAAUGUGAUAGUUAAAGCCAGAGGAAGACAGCGGUUCAGGAUGAUUGAAAUGAAAUCAGAAAUCACUGGGGAAGUAGUUGGUAAAAUCAAAAUAUUACCAGAGAUUUCCUUAAAUCAUGCUCUUCAGAACACAAGAUUGCCAUCUCAUCGCAAACUUAUGGUGGCACCAGUGAAUGAUUCAGAAGAUAUGGUCAAAACAGCUGUGGACCGUCAAGGUCGCAUUUUGACAUCUGUGGACCUGAGACAAAGCCGGCGUCCACUUACUAAACUUUACUCAGCCCAUAAUACUUGGUGGCCACCCUGGGUGUUCAAAUUGUACGAUAUAGACUGGCUGACAGAGCAGAUUAAAGCAGAACUCCACAGCUGGUGUCCGUCAUCUUUGCCCCCAGAUCCUAUAGAUCUUUCAUUUUGGGUGGCACACAAUCUUCCGGUCAACAAUGAUGUGCGAUUGCGUCUACUUAUGUUUGACUCUGUUGUUCAGAGACUGCGGUUUGGUCUCAGCGUUAUACGUAAGAGUGGUAAGUUACUCUGUUGUGAAUCGUGCCAAGAAGAAAUUGCCAGCAAAGAAUCAGUGUUCUCUAUGAGCAGAGAAGGGCCCCUAGGGGCCUAUGUAAAUCCAGGAGGAUAUGUCCAUGAAAUGUUCACAGUUUCCAAAGUGCAAAAUCUGUACAAUGUGGGAGGUUCGUCCACUGAACACAGCUGGUUUCCUGGAUAUGCCUGGACUAUUGUACAGUGCCGAGGUUGUCACUCACACAUGGGCUGGAUGUUCACCGCUGCCAAAAGAAAUCUCUCGCCUAAAAAAUUUUGGGGUCUGUGCCGGUCGUCCAUCAAGACAACAUUCGGAACUGUUUCUAACGAUGAAGGCGAGGAGACAGAAGGCUAUAUCAUGUGAUUUUAGAGACAUACUGCCCUGCUUGUAAAACAGAAAGUCUUUCAUCAUUCAAACGGAAACAAGAAAGCAUGAAGUUCAUGUCUCAAGACUUUUAAGUGGACUUGUCUUUCAAGAUUGCUUCGAUUCAUGGAGUUACUUUGUUUCCAAAAAUGUACAUAACAGAUGACCUGAUAAGUCUUUCUCAUGGCAUUCACUUAAUUGUAUCACAUUUGUUCUCCCAGUCCAUUUGUUCUUUUUCCUUAUGUGCUUUCACAGGGGAUUUUUAGGACAAGUAAAAAUCUUAGAGAGAUUAUCAGCAUUAGAAUCUCAUCCUGCUUAUUGUUCAGUGUGUACCAGCUUAGCAGAUAUAGUCAAUACUAUCAAAUGAUAUUCAUAAUAAACUGACAUGUAACAUGUAAUCUCCAGGUGAACCAUAAUUAUUCAAACAUUGAUGCAAGCCCUAUCAAUGUUAUUAAUAAAAAUCAAUCUUUUCAUUAGGCUCAUUUCCAUAUGAUGCUUUACCGUCAUACAUCAUCAAAGCUAUAAUUUUGAGUUAAGGGAGAGCAACUCUCCAUUCUUACCUUAUUUUCCUUUGUUCUUUGAUUUGUUUAGUUUUUAAUGGUUUUCUUUGAUUUUUUUCUCAUGUCCACAAUUUGUAUCGAAUUAAUUUGACAUUUUAUUUGUAUCCAGCAUUGUUAAAGAACAUGUAAUUAUUGCUUGAUGACUUAUUGUAAAUAUGUAUUUAUGCAAAAUAGUGUAGUUAUCUAAAUGCAUUUAGUUGAAAACAAGAAAUGAAGUUGAAUUUUGUAAUUUCAUAUCUAUGUUUCUAAAGAGAAUGACUGCUGUAUGUAGCAGGAAUGAUUCUUAGGCUUUAUAUUUAUUGAACAGACUGGGUGUUCAAGUGCUUUACUGCUAAUUCAAAGGGCAUGUGCUCAAAGUCUAAUGAAAGUAUCAGAAUAUUUACUCUGAUGAUUGGGUCAAGGCAGUUUUGCACUAUCUUUGUUUUGCAUUGACCACCCAAAUAGAUUCAUACUCUAACAUCAUCUGCCCUAUAGCCUGCAAAAUAUUGAAAGGGAGCAUAAUUUGUCUUUUAUUGCAAAUUUAGUUUGUGUUUCCUUUCUGAGGUAUCAUUUAUUUAUAAUUUGUUUAAGUCUACAUGCCAGGUAAAUACAUACCCUCCUCUCUUAUAUUUUCUUUACUAGUUUGUCCUUACUCAUGACUGUCUAUUUAGACUCGUCAUUUUCAUGCUUAUUAUGAUAGACAUCUUAUCUUGUAAAUUACAGAUGGGAUGAUAGGGUUAGACAACACACUCAAUAGUGUAAAGACUCAGAUACUAUGAAGUUCUUAGCUUCUUCCAAAUAAUGUUUUUUGUUUGUUUUUUUAAAUCCCAAAUGGAACAUAAACAUUUAGACUGAGGUUAUUCCUGGGCUGAAAGAAUAUGUUUGUUACAUGUAGAUGUCUAUCAAAUACUGUGUGAAUAGUGACUAUAUCUAUGAAAUGAUGUUUCCAAAUCAUCAAAAUGUGACAUCACAGAUUUGAACAAUAAAUAUAAACUGUAUUUAUA